UGUAAAAAUGUUAAAACACAUGUUUUAACGGUGACGGUUUUCUUCAUUUAUAAUCAAAAUUCAAAAAUGUACACCUUCUAGAAUAAUUUGACUUAGGUUCAUCUCCCCAAUACCGCUCGUCAGCCAGGUCUCAUCGGAGCAUGGGAUGGCGCAGGAUGCUGGAAUCGCACGGUCGCAAGGUCUCCGGGACGAAGGUUUCGGGGACCCGUCCAGCGGCGAGCUCGACGUGCAGGUAGAAGACUUUGGAGAAGACGAUACUAUUUCCCAAAAAAGUUUCUACUCUUGCAAGUUCGACAACAAGUCAUGCCAGACAUUCACGGAUUGUAAGAAGGUCGUGCCAUCAAUGCUCACGCACUCCGAUGAGAUAUUUCCAAUGUACAGCGCGUGGGAGUGUAAAACGGAUUUGAGGUUGUUUCCGAGCGAAUGCUGCAGAAUUUGCCACGAACAGGAAGACGUCGAGUCUUUCAUAUCACCAUGCUACUGCAGGGGAACGAUGCUGCGCGUCCACAAGAGCUGCUUGGAAGCGUGGCUUGCGGAGAGUGACAGCCGCCACUGUGAGCUCUGUGGAUUCGUCUUCAACUGCGUUCGCAUACCCAAGUACAACCUGGUAGAAUCGUUAGUAGCCUGGUUUUCCAAUUCGGAAUGCGACAGAGAAAGAAAGUUGCUGCUUUGCGAUGUGUUCGUUAUGGCUGGGCUCUCUCCAGUAAUAGUCAUAUUCACAUUCGUAGCCCUGAAACUCGUCGGUUCCGACAUAGCCCUCGCUAACCAGGAAGACGAGAACGGCGAGGAGCAUAUGGAAAGCCACAUGACGCUGUUUGCAUUGACCAUAAUGCUGCAGAGCGCGCUUUUGGGGAUACUCUUCCUCGUCGACCUGAGUUUUGUAUCAUGGCUGCUCAUGAGAUGCGACCUGCACCUGAAAAACUGGUACAAAUGGUACAGGAAGAAAAGCACGGUGAUUUUACUGGACUUGCAAGGACCUAAUGCGAAUCGAAAUUCAACUUAAAAAUAUACCUCAUGGCAAUUUUAAAAUAAACAACAGAAAUAAAUUAA